UUUUAAAAAUUAUAAAAAUUCAAAAAAGUAUCUCUGCUUCUUCGGCAGCUACGGAUGAACGCACUGAUUCUUCCGUACGCUUCCAUGGCGACUCUGAACCUCCACCGCCGCCAUUACUGCCCCUCUUCCUAUUCUUUCUCAUCUAUCUUUCAUCCUCAUCCUACCAACUGCUGCGUCUCCCUACCUCCUCAUAACCCUCUACAAACCUCCAUUUCCACUUCCUUCUCCCUCCUCACAACUUCAAUUUCCCUCCCAAACAACCGCCACUACAUCCGCCACUUCGCUUCAGCCAUUCAUAAUCAGGAUUCCGAGCAAGAUUCAUGCGACAAUCGCCUCGACGAAGCAAGAGAAGCCGUGAUGGAGUAUCUAGAACAAGCUGGAGCUUCGAGGGAAGAGGCCUCCCAAAUUUCUCACAAUUGCCCUAAUUAUUUGAGCACGCUGAUUGACGCCGUCGACGACCUCGACGUCUGGAAUUCCACGACGGAAACUACCGGACACGAAAUUGAAGCAGAUUCCGUUGAGUUCGGGAAGAAGGUGCGCCAAAUGGCGGAGCAGAAAGGGGAUAAGGGCAUUCUUCCCUUCUUGGAGAGCCUUGGCUUUUCUCUCUCCACUGCCUCGCAUUUCGCUCUCUAUCUCUCGUCGUCGGACUCCAAUUUGCUUCCUCUGCUCAUCCACAAGGUGAAGUAUUUGAAGGAUGUGUUCUUUGCUGACAGUGAUGAUCAUGACCUUAUUGGGAAAAAUGCUCAGAGAAUGAUUGCCAAUUUGUCAAUUUCUGCUGAUGAAGAUUUGCAGCAAACAUUGGCGUUCUUUGAAAAGAUUCAAGCAAGGCGUGGAGGAUUGAAUCUUUUAGGUUCUGAGCAGACCUCUUUCCGGCUUCUCAUCGAAUCUUUUCCUCGAGUUCUGUUUCUGCCUCUAAAAUCUCAUGUUCAGCCAAUUGUGAAGUUCUUGGGAGAUAUUGGAGUUCCUAGAGAAAAAAUAGGAAAUGUUCUUCUACCCUUCCCUUCCAUCGUAUUCUAUGACAUUGGCAAGGAUAUCAAACCACGACUGCAAUUAUAUGAGAAGAUUGGUGUGAAUGAUAAUGAUCUUGGAAAGAUGUUAGUCAAGUAUCCGUGGAUGAUUUCUUCUAGCAUUCUGCAUAACUUUGAGAAAGUCAUUCGUUUUUUUGAUGAAGAGAAGGUUCCAAAACAUUGUUCCUGUCAUGCAAUAAAAAACUGGCCUCACAUUUUGGGCUGUUCAAUCGACAAGCUGAAGGUAAUGGUGAAGCAGUUUGGUGAACUGGGCGUUACGAGUAAGAAGCUAGGCAAAGUUAUUGCUACUAGUCCACAACUACUGCUCCGAAAGCCUCAGGAAUUUGUGCAGGUUGUGUCCUUCUUCGAAGACCUAGGACUGGAUGAGGAAGAAAUUGCUAAAACCCUUUGUCGUUGUCCGGAAAUUUUUGCAACCAACAUAGACAAAACACUUCAAAAGAAAUUGGAAUUCCUUCAUAGUGUUGGGAUUUCUGGAACUCACCUUCCACGGGUUGUUAGAAAAUAUCCCGAGCUAUUUGUUUGUGACGUCAAUAGAGCUCUUCUACCCAGAGUUCGAUACCUGAUGAGGAUUGGGCUGUCAAAGAAGGAGAUAAAGUCAAUGGUGAGCAGGUUCUCUCCUUUACUCGGGUACAGCAUCGAAGAAGUACUGAAACCAAAGCUAGAGUUCCUACUAUACACGAUGAGGAAACCUUUAAGCACUGUUGUUGAUUAUCCGAGAUACUUUAGCUACUCUCUGGAGAAGAGGAUAAAGCCGAGAUAUAAGGUUCUUACCGACAGAAAAAUGGAGUUCACACUGAAGGAGAUGCUAGGAAAAAAUGAUGAGGAGUUUGCAGCCGUGUAUUUGGCAAAUGAGGAGAUGUCUCCACCGCUUUCUUGACCCCUAUUUCUUGUUUAGAAGCUUCUCCUUCGUCAGAGAAAAUGCCGAUCAAUUUUGUAGAGCGUAUGUUUUCUCUUACAUUCUAACCUGUUCUGGAGAUCCCGAGAUAAGGAAAAUAUGAAUUGGAGAUGCCUUCCGCACCAGGGGAAUCGAAACUUUAGUUUCCAGACUAAUCCAUCUUCCUGCACCAACCAGCAAAUCUUGAGCGCCACUCAGAACAUGACCAGGUAAAAUGUCUGAAGAGUUUGUAGUCGUGCUUGUGCUACAAACGUCAGGAUUUCUGCUACCCAGAGAUUGCUUGCUGGAAAAUAUCGAUGAAUUGACUCUUGAGAAGCCAAGUAAAGUUUAUCAUUGAUCUUUAUACAAAUAUAUGAAU